GGCUCGGUCUUCGUGUCGUGGAUCUGAUCUGGACAGGGGUCACAAGUCUCUCUGUGUCUUUUUACUGAAGGAUUUUGUUGGAGAAGUGACCUAAAGUCGACGCACACAGCAGCCAUGGCAGACAAAGACGAGAUGAGGAAGCCCAAGAAAAAGAGUGCGACUAUUUUUGGCUUCCCAAUAAGCAUCUUUUUCAUUGUCGUCAAUGAGUUCUGCGAACGAUUCUCCUACUAUGGCAUGCGAGCCGUGCUCGUGCUGUACUUCAAGUACUUCCUGAGAUGGGAUGAUGACUUUGCCACCACUAUCUACCAUACCUUUGUGGCUCUCUGCUACCUGACACCCAUCCUAGGAGCCAUAGUGGCUGAUUCAUGGCUCGGCAAGUUCAAGACUAUUGUUUACCUGUCCAUCGUUUAUGCACUGGGACAGGUUGUCUUGGCAGUAAGUGCUAUCCAUGACAUCACGGAUGCAAACAAAGAUGGCACCCCCGACAACAUGACCUUCCACAUAGCUCUGUCCAUGGUGGGUUUGCUCCUUAUUGCCCUGGGUACAGGAGGCAUCAAACCCUGCGUGGCUGCCUUUGGUGGAGACCAGUUUGACGACGAUCAGGAGAAACAGAGAAGCACCUUCUUCUCCAUCUUCUACCUGUCCAUCAAUGCUGGCAGUCUAUUGUCCACUGUCAUCACUCCCAUCCUCAGAGCUCAGGAGUGCGGUAUUCACACCCAGCAGAAGUGCUACCCACUGGCCUUUGGUGUCCCUGCUGCUCUCAUGGUGGUAGCUCUGAUUGUGUUCAUUGUUGGAAGUGGGAUGUACACUAAGAACGCCCCUCAGGGCAACAUCUUGGUCAAAGUCUGCAAAUGCAUCGGGUUUGCUAUCAAGAACCGCUUCAGGCAUCGUGCCCCUGAAUACCCGAAGAGAACCCACUGGAUGGACUGGGCUGAGGAGAAAUACGAUAAACUCCUGAUUGCUCAGGUGAAGAUGGUGCUGAAGGUGCUGUUCCUCUACAUCCCUCUGCCAAUGUUCUGGGCUCUCUUUGACCAGCAGGGCUCCAGAUGGACCCUCCAGGCAACCACCAUGGACGGUGACUUUGGACUUCUUAUAAUCCAGCCUGAUCAGAUGCAGACUGUCAACCCUAUCUUGAUCCUGGUUUUGGUGCCAAUCAUGGACAGUUUGAUCUACCCGCUGAUUGCCAAGUGCAAAUUAAACUUCACUCCAUUAAAGAGGAUGACUGUUGGGAUGUUCCUUGCUGCUCUUGCAUUCAUUUGUGCUGCCCUGGUCCAAAUACAAAUUGAUAAAACUCUGCCUAAGUUCCCAUCAAGCACUGUUGGCCAAGCAAAGUUCAUCAACAUGCUGGACAGAUCGCUGGACGUCAAAGCUGGAACCAACGAGUUCACCUUGAAGCCUUACACGGCCAAUGAUGAUUACCUGAACUUUGAUGAUCCAUUUCUACUGAAUCUAGGGGUAAAUGCCACUUACCCAACUGAUUUAGUGGAUGGUAAUCGUAGCACUGUAGUCAUCGUUCAGGAUGGGUCUCUACCUAAACCUUUAGGGUUCGUGGACAUCAAAACAAAGCCGGAACAGGGCGCUAAUGAUAUCAGAUUUUUUAGUGGCUAUGACUCACUUUUGAAUGUAACAGUGGGUGACCAGGACUUUGGGGAGAUCACCACCAACAACAUGUCAAAAUAUGUUGGGGUACCACGGGGACUAGCAAAGUUCCUGAUCAAGAGUACUACUGGACAAGAGUGUGUCUACAGUCAAGAGCUGGGCUUCGGCAGCUCCUUCACCGUGAUCAUCCCGCCAACUUUCACAUUUGGACAAAAUUGUGAACAGAACAUCCAUCCAGUGAUGGACAUCAAGCCCAACACCUUCCACAUGGCCUGGCAGAUUCCUCAGUAUUUCCUCAUCACUGCAGGAGAGGUGGUCUUUUCUGUCACCGGCCUGGAGUUCUCCUACUCACAGGCACCCAGCAACAUGAAGUCUGUGCUGCAGGCUGGUUGGCUGUUCACUGUUGCUGUAGGUAACAUCAUUGUGCUCAUUGUGGCCGAGGCUGCAACGCUCCCAGAUCAGUGGGCCGAGUACAUCCUCUUUGCCUCUCUGCUGCUGUUAGCGUGCUCCAUCUUUGCCUUCAUGGCUUAUUUCUACACCUACAUUGACCCAACCCAGGAAGAAGCCCGGUUUGCCCAGAGGGAGCAGGAAGAGUGUAGAGAUGAACAGGUGCAACUCUUUGAGAACCGCAAGGAGGACAGGAGGAGCUCUGACUCCAGCUCUGACGAGGAGGAAGUCAAACAGACCAAGAUCUAAAGCGGUCAUCCUCCACGGCUUUUCCCUCUUUUGUACAAAUGCUGCUUGGUUCUGUGUUUCAUGUCUGAGUCCAGUACACUACUGAACAUGUCGUGGUUAGAAUGAAUGAAUGGAUGGAUGAGUGAAAUGGUGCUGAUGUUAGCAGAACACAGAAACAGGGCUUUGAUGAUUAAGCUCUUGGUGUACAGUGUUGGUGAAGGGAUAAAUCAAACACUGUUAUCACCAUUUCAGCAAAAAACUUUGAGAGAAAAUUCAUUUAAAGAGGUUACUCAUAUCAUUAAAAUCCCCAGAACUUUACUGGUUAAUAAUUUGUGCUUUCACUGUUGUAAAAAUGUUUUACAAUGAUUUAUUUUGCACUGUACGUAGCAACAUCUACAUAUGUAAUUUCUAGUUUCAUAGGAUUGUAUGAUGUGCCCAAGUAAACAUACAAAGAAACCAUUCCAACAUGUAUUUAUUUCCAAGCACAGUGUUGUAUGUAUUGUAAUAUAUUGUGUUUUAUAUGUGUAUGAUAUUCUCAUCUGCUCCAGGGAAAAAAUCUAACACCAAAUACUGCUUAUUGAGUCAGAAAAUGUUUAAUUAUAUUCCAUAUUCAAUCUCAGAUUUCAUCUUGGCCCGGUAGAACACUGCCCUGUGAUAAUGGCUGCUCACCAAAGUCUUCAAUAAAGAUGCUAGCAAGG